AUGGACGACAGGAUCUCCAUCACCAUCUGUGGCGACGGCGGCUGCGGUAUGUACCCUCAGUCGCAACUGCCAUGCAUCCGGCUAACGCAAUGCGCCANNGGUAAAUCCUCAAUCACCCUGCGCAUCGUCCGCUCGGCCUGGACACACGACUACGAUCCCACAAUCGAAGACUCGUACUCGGUCACGCGCACCAUCAAUGGCCAAACCUACUCGCUCUUCCUCACCGACACGGCUGGCCAGGAAGAAUACCGUGGCAUGUGGUCGGCCGCAAACCUGACCUCGGACGCCUUCCUCUUCGUCUACGACAUCACAAAUGCCCAGUCCCUGCAGAACCUCGACUUCUUUGCCGAGUUGGUCGACAUGGAGAGGGAGAAUAGACAAGAGCAGGGAAAGUGCUGGCCUGCCAUUAUGGUCGCCGGAAACAAGUGCGAUCUGCAGGGUCAGAGACAGGUUGGUGCUGCUGAGGGUUUGGAGUGGGCAAAGAGCAGAGGAUGCGGUUUCAUGGAGACUUCGGCGCGCGAGGUCGUUAACAUCGAGGAGACUUUUGCCUUCGAGGCCAGAGAACAAUACGCAGCAGGCCUGCGACCAGACUUCCCUUCUCUUGUCAACCCGACACCUUACAACCAAUCUGCAUCCCAGCGCGUCUCUGCGGCAACAGAAACACACCAGUCUGCUCCUGCGCCAAACAUCACUAGCGAAUCCGAAAAGCUGCGUUUCUCAGAGUCUGAGUCUGCUGCUACAUCGCCGCAAAAGAAGAAGAAGAAGGGUGGUUUCUUUUCGAGCUUGAAGUGCUGGUAG